GUCCUCACAACACAGCCUCAGCACGCCUCAUCUCCUCCACCCAGAGCGAGUGGAUCAGAGAGAAGCAGAGGAGAAGUGACGGGAAAACAACAUCAGCAUCACCGACAAGCAUCUCCCUCACCGGGAGUGGGAGAGAGAGGGAAGGAAAAGGGGAAGGAGGAGGAGGGGGGAAGAGAGAGAGCAGAACAGUGUGAGAAAGAAGUUUUUAGUUAGAGGGAGUACAAGCGAGUGAGAGUUUGGAGUGAGAGAGCUCGGUGGGUGGCAGCGGAGCUUCAUUUUCCGUUUCCUUUUCUUGGCUCUGAGUGCCGUCUGCCUCCUCUCUCCUCCCGCUCUCCUCCUCUUCUUCUCUACUUCUCUUCUCAUCCCGUCUCUCCUCCAAGCUCCCGCCGUGGGGUCUCAGCUCUCCGUCUCCCUCCCCCCUCCCUCGCUCCCUACCUCCCCGGGCGCUGCUGGGAGCCUCCGGGCUGCUGCGCCGCAGGAGGAUGUCACGCCGGGAGUCUCCGCCGCCACCCUCGCCACCUCCGCAGCUGCUGGGAGUGCAGAGAGGAAAGGUGGAGUGCGAGGACCGUCCGGAGCGCGCGGAGCCGCUGUCCGACACCGAGAGGGAGAUCAUCCAGGACACAUGGGGGCACGUCUACAAGAACUGUGAGGAUGUGGGGGUGUCUGUUCUCAUAAGGUUUUUUGUCAACUUCCCAUCGGCCAAACAGUAUUUUAGCCAGUUUCAGCACCUGGAGGAUCCUGAGGAGAUGGAGCGGAGCAGCCAACUCCGGCAGCAUGCCUGCAGGGUGAUGAAUGCCAUCAACAGUGUGGUGGAAAACCUCCACGACCCUGAGAAGGUGUCGUCGGUGCUGGCCCUGGUGGGAAAGGCCCAUGCUAUCAAACACAAAGUGGAACCCGUGUACUUUAAGAUCCUGAGCGGUGUGAUGCUGGAGGUGUUGUCUGAAGAUUUCCCAGAAUUCUUCACGGCAGAGGUGCAGAUGGUGUGGACCAAACUGAUGGGGGCGGUGUACUGGCAUGUGACGGGGGCCUACACAGAGGUGGGCUGGCUCCAGGUCUCCAGCUCGGCGGUGUGAAGAGUCGGGAAGAAGAGGUGGUAAAGAAGUUUUCAGUGGACUCAAUAAAGUUUAAAGAGAGGCAAAAUAAUGUGUUUAAAAUGUUGAUGGAGAUUUUGCGACGAUGGUUUCACAGACAUGGAUCAGAUUAACGUGGUAAUCCGUGCGAUUUAGUUUCUUUAUUCAACUUUUUUUGGAUGCAUUUUGGUGCUAAGCUUUACACGUCUCGGAGAUCAGACCAGUUGGACACCAAGUAAUGUAGCCAAACAUCAUUUUAUUUGACUGCUAUUAGAUUUUCACUUACAUCAGUGGCGCUCUGCUGUGUUAUCACUGCUAAGGCUAGCUAUCAGUUCGACAUCCGCACACACUGCUGUUGCUGCCAGAGGCACACAACAAGUCACUUCCUGUGUAGCAUAAACUCUUCCUUUUUAUACACCUACUGAGAUAAGACUGCUCCAAAAGUGUUGAUAAACUUCUAGGAUCAAUUAAAUUUCUGCCAAGUUGACCAGUCCUUCUGUUUGUAAGCCUGUCAAGCUUUGCAUCCUUGCAAAGGAUUCAAAAUUGUAACAGUGGCAGAUGCACUUUAAUUAGAGGCAAAUGAGGAUAAAAGCAGAAUUUGGUAAUCAACAUUAGCUGUGCAAGUUAAUAUAUUUCUAGAGUUGUAAAUAUGAUAUGUAACAGCAGCCUGCAAAUACCGUAAAAGACGAAAAGAUACGUGUCAAAAGUGUGGAAGAGUUUUUUUGGGGGGAUGUCCUAUCCGGCACUGUAGCAAUCAGAAUUAUUGUCUGAAGGCCAAGAAAAAACUCCAACAGAUUUAUUUUCCCAAGCAGACCAUUAUGGCUUUUUCUAUACUGGUCCACUUGAUGAUCAUAUUUUAUUCGACCUUUAUUAUUAUUAUUAUUAUUAUUAUUAUUAUUAUUAUUAUUAUUAUUAUUAUUAUUUGUUUAUUUUCUUGUGUGAAGGUAUCUUAUGGAGUCUUUAAUACCCGGCAAACACAGCAUAAACAGCGACAUUGUCUCCCAGACAAAAUUACUGAAAAAGAUCACCUUUUGUCAGCUAACAAAAACUAAAAAUGGGCCGAUGGGGACGUUGUUUCCAUGUAAAAUAGAGAUCCAGCCAAAUGGACAAACUAAAUGCAUGUGUCCUUGUUCCUUUGAAAACAAAGAUAAUUGACUGAGAGCUAAUUUAGUUACUAAAUAACUGUUAACAAACUUCAUAGUUCUUCUCCAUUUACGCAAACUACUGAUGACUGUUUUUAAAAUAAAUAAAUAAAACACUUUCAGACGUUUAUCUUUUUAAAAUCAAUGCAUCUUAAAACAGUGAGAGAAUUUUAACUUAUUCUUAAAUUGUUUUCAUAUUAAACAGUAAAAGGUGAAAUUUAAUUGUAUUAAAUUUGAUUAUGUCACCUAUGUUUGAACAGGUUUUAAAUACAUAUUGUCUCGGCUUGUUCUAAUGAUCUAAUCAGUUGUUGAACGUGGAUCUCUUGCUAGAAAAAUAGGUCCAGGGUUGUUGAGAAUGUUUGCUGGGUAUGUUCCCGCAGACGUUUAUGGUACAUAAUAGGAACCUCUGGGAACUUGUCACAGGGGUUAGCCUUAGGAUGAACUGUCUCAAAGCCAAAUAAAAUGACCUUUUUUUUGUGUGACUGCACAACUAUUUUAAAGCCUUGUUUGAAUGAAAAAUAGACAUCCAUGAAAACUGUAAUUUAAAAUGUGUCAAAUUCUACCCAAACACAGCAAACGGUCUAUUGUAUUUUAUCAGAAUACUGUAGAAAAUCCCCCCACCACAUCCUGAAACACAAAGCUUGACAGGCCCGCUCUUACAUACAUGUCUUUUCUUGCCCCAGAUGGAUAAAAGACAUUUAUUUUCUAAAAAUAAAUGCGGAUUAUACUUGACCGAGUUCAUAUCUGUGGAAACCUGCAGUUUCAAGGCGGCGCACAUGAAUACACCUCACAAUACUUUGAAACAUGGAAGAAAUGCUUAGACACAGAAUGACUUUUAGCUAUUAGAGGGGGCAGUUAGUUGUUGAAGCCCUGGCUACGGGACCAUGGAGCUGCUGACUGUUAAUAGAUACUCUUUGUGUCCUGCUUCAGUAUAUCCUCAUGUUCAGGGGACCUGUGGCCCCUUUUCUCUCUAUUUAAUGUCUUGUUUAACUUUACUGAGGUGUUGUUUGUAUAAGUGUACAGUGAGUAAAUGUGCAUACUCUUCUACCUUCGUUUACAACUCAAGGACACGACCUGUGGACGCGUAAAAGAGGGGUGGCUUUGCUUUUUUUUCCUCAUUUCAUCUCAUUGCACACACACUAACAAUGUGAAAGUGAGAUGGAAAAUAUCAGCAGGUGCACGCUUACACUUUCACACGCAGGCAUGCCGUAAGACGUCUCUCAUGUGAAUAUUUACAGGACGGUCGCUUAGUUUACAUCUUUAAAACCCGAUCAGAGAGUCAUGCUGCUUUGAAGUCUCCAUUAAGGGCUUUAGAAACCCACUCUGGAGAUCUGUGGAAAACACAUCUGUUUCAGAAGUGCCAUCAGUCGGUUUCUUUAGAUCUCUGACCCAGUCGAAAGCAAAAAGAAAUAAAAUCCAAGUAUUACAGAAUGUGGCCUGUGCUGCCUUCUCGUUACCUUACCUGACCUCACCUUCUUUGAAGUGCAUGUGCUCCUGCUGGCAGUCCCCAUCUUCUCAAACAUACACGGCAAAUCUGUUUAGGGUGGACACUUGAUCCAAUCUGCAGUUUGCGUCUGCUGCAGUGACGUCUUGUAUCUCCCAUCUGACCCCCGUCGGCAUCAGCAUCUGGCAUUAAUGAGGAGGUAAUGAGUCUCCUCUCCUCCUCCAUUUGGCCAUUCAUCUACUGUAACUUCCCAUUGCCUCUGCUCGGAGCGCGUCACUGAGAAGGAAAACAAUUACGAGUGGACAGAUGGCAUUAAACCCACCACAGUCAUUCACAACAGCGCUAUAGACAUGCAUACACGUCUUUCAUUGACUGAAAGCAGAUUCAGAUUCUCGAUUACAAAUACACAAAGGAAAAAAACUGGGAUGCUGUGAAAAAUGUAAAUAAAUACAGAAAUGCAAUGAGUUGAAAUUUCAUUAACUAUUAUUUUAUGUAUAAUAGAACAUACAAAACAAAUCAAAUCACUAAAGUGAGAAAAUGUAAAACUUUUAAGAAACUCAUUUUGAAUUGAUGGCAGCAAAACAUCUCAAAAGUUGGGACAAGUCAGUGAUAACCGCUCUGUAGCAUCCUUUAUCUUUUAACAACAUUCUGUAAACAUCUGGGAACAGAGGAGAACAGCUGCUGGACUGUCUCCCCCCCCCCCGCACCCAUCCCCGUCCUUACUUCUGAGAAACUCUGCCUCUCUAAGACGCUCUUUUUAUACCCAAUUAUGCUACUGACAUAUUGCCAAUUAACCAAAUCGGUCCUGAAAUGUUCCUCCAGCUGUUUCUUUUAGCACCACUUAAUCUCCAGCCUGUUGGCACUCUGUUCCAACUUUUUUUUAAGACGUGUUGCUGCCAUCGAACUAAAAAUGACAGAUUUCCCCCGAAAUUCUAAAAUGUCUCUACUUGAUCAUUUCAUAGAUAAAAUAUGGGUUUGAGAUUUGCACAUUCUUGCAUUCUGUUUUGUUUAUAUGUUAUACAGCGUCCCAACGUUUUUGGUAAAAGCGUUCUCUAAUGUUCUAAGUGUUUUGUUUUUGUCUUGCACCAGUGGGUUUAAAUAUUAUUCUGUCAUGAUAUCCUUUAGAAAAACAGCCCCCUGAUGUGUGAUUGAAUUUUUUAUCAAAGAGCCCAAGUGAAAAAAAACACGCACUGCUUGUUUUUAGCUCAUCUGACUGAAAGACUGAGCCUUUGGUGAAGCUCGGUCAUCAGGCGUCAUAGGCCUACAGUACUGGUCUGAUUUUAGUGAAGCUUGCACACUUAUCACUUAUGACUUCAUGGGUCUUCACCCAAACAAUGCUCAAGGUCAAGUUUAAAUGUGUUGUUUUAUGGGCCCUUGAUCACUUUCACUGUACAAACUUCAUGCAUACUUACCGCUUCACCAAUCACUCGCACCUGAUGUACUGAACAGCAUUCAAUUCAGUCCAUUUAGCAAAAUCAUUGACAUAAAAGAAUAAAACAUUGUUGCAUGCGCUACAAAAUAAAUAAUAACAACUUUGUGAAAUAUCAAAGGUUGCGAUGACAUCAAAUAUUACUUUUGCACACAUUUUGCAUACCACUUGGUCAUGAUGGGGAGGGGGGCGUGGUAACGGAGGGCGAGGUCAUACUGGUUGAAAUUCUUUUGUUAAAGAAGUAAAAUGAAUAAUAAUAAUAAUAAUAUAUACUAGCAGAUGCCUCUCUCCCAGACAGAUAUAUUGUAUUAUAGAGCUGAAUCAAUGUAGGAUUCAAAACUAACCUUUAUUCAGGUUGAGGACAAAGGAGUACAAAAUCCUUCAAAGAGACAAAUAACAGAAACUCCAGGCACGCGUGAAGGCAGAAUAAAAGGCAGUAUUAAUAACCACUUUGAGCUCUAAGAGAAGGAAGCUCGGACAAUUUAUACACACAGGAGGCCAAUCAGGAGAGGCAAACACAGCAGUGCAAACAAUCAGGAGAAAAGCACAGGCAGGAAGCAAAACUGAUGUAAGAAAGCUAGACUUCAAAAUAAAAUGGUAAACAAAUGAGACGACACUUGAAGCAGACACAGAGCAGCUAUUAACAAAAGCUGGGACACAGAAAGAAACACAUAAGGGAACCACAAAACUAAACAUUGCAUUCAAAACUUUCAAAAUUCAGAAGUGAGACUAAACGGGCCAGACCAUUGAUGACGUGACGGUAAUCUGUGAAUGGCGAUGGAUCGUGUACCUUAUGAGCUGCUACAUCAACCACCUUGUGCUUCACUGACAGUGAAACAAGGCCAAGAAUUGCUUCAUAAUUUGGAUUCAACUCUUGCUUUUACUUGAUAAAUUAUAUUUGUUUUAUUAUAUCUGAACAAUUUGAGCAAAAUUGUCUCUCGAGUGGGCCUCGCUGCGUCGAGGAAAUUAGUUUUAUUAUUGGCUCAAAUUCAAAGACUGAAAAGGUUUUUAAAUUUGUCUACUUGUGUUUGGUCCAAGUAAAACCAAUCAGAUAUUUUAAUUUUACAAACAGUUAAAACUGUAAAGCCUGAGCCACAAAAAAUUGCCAAGAUAUUCAAAUUGUUUGUUUGAACCUUCUGACAAAGUAAGAAAAAUAAUUACAUAUCAGUUUUCGUAUAUGAGUUUUAUUUUAUAUCAUUUUUGCAUAUAAGAAAAGCAUUUAAUGAGGGCUAGGGUUAAAAAAAAAAAUCACACUGAUGUAAAUGUGUCAAAUAUGACGCACCUGGUGUUGCAGGGUUAAUCCUCUGCUUAUUGCAUAUUUUCAGUUGAUGAUUUUAAAAACAGAGUUUAAAUAAAGCAAAAACUUUAAUAAACUGUAAAAGUGGUUGUAGCUGCUGUUGAUUUUAAAAAAGGUGUGAUAAAAUAAGUCCUUAUGUGGUCAUCUCCCAACAUUUGCACACCAGACGUUGAUGAAAAAGCAGAUUUACUUUUCUUUUGCUCUUUUUUUGAACAGAAACUCUUUCUGUUACUGAUUUAUUUAAACAGACGAGGCGGUCUUCACGGGGAGGUAUGGUAAAUAUCUCCAAGCAUCUCCUCUGAAAUGUCCCACACGCACACAGAAGCAGAGAACAAACUUCUUUAUCUCACAAAUAUCUAGUUUACAUCCCAACGUAUUACAUUCACGUAGCGGCUCAGUUUCACUGAUUAGCCCGCCGUAAGAAAAUGUCACUUUGUGAUCUUUAGAUAAUGAAAUGAAAACACUAAUUGCUGCUUUAACGACUCUCGACUCCUGCAGAUGUUUACUAAAAGCUCCCCUUCCAAGCUGAGCAGCGAGCUAAUCUCUCACAGCAAUGAGUCAGACAGGUGGAUAAAAAUACACGCAGGAGUCAAACAAACGUCAAGAAAACUGUUUCCACUUGGGCUCAAAUCGCUUUGGAGGCAGUAAACCUGCUGCUGGUCUUGAAUGAUCUGGUUUAAAAAUGCACUGCGGUCCUUUUCAAAGCUGCAGGCUCUCUGCACCUCGCCAUCUGUGUGCAGCACGAACCUCACCACAAUAUAAACACACAGCAUUAUGUGUAGACACAUCCUAGUUAAACACAUCGCUUCAUCGCUUUCCACACACACACGGUUGGGCAUGUUCUCACAUGCAAAGUUUACUACUGCAGCAUCUAUUGCAACAUAAUUCACUUAUUUUAAUCUAAAAAUGUAAAUUUUUUGGCUCAUUCAAUCCAUAUCAUAUGUUCAUGUUCAUUCCCUUUCAGCUAAUAAGGGCAUCACAGCACAUGUGGACUUGUGUGUUUUUGUUGUGAAAUGUUCCUGUCUAUGAGUUGGAAAGUUAGGACUUUAUAUUUUUCUAAAUAUAUCUCUGAGGAGGGUUCAGUGUAUUUCAGUACUGUAUAUGCAUAUGUAACUGUAUACUGUUGCUGGGAGCGAAUUCAGUGGCUUUGUAGUGUUUUUGAGCAUGUUUGCACAGACUUGUACCUUCGCAGACCUGGUGAAAAUCAAUCAUGACCAUCAAUAAACUCUACUUGUAAA